CUGCAAUAAUCCCCAUCACCUUACCUAAAAUUAACUUUUAGGCACAACAUUUUUUUUGAACAUCAGGAUUGCAGGAAAAAUGUCUGUGGGAUCAGGCAAUGGGAAAUUGCGGCAGUGGCUGAUCGAGCAGGUGGAUACUGGGAAAUAUCCCGGGUUGGUCUGGGAAGAUAGAGAGCGGACAACCUUCCGAAUCCCAUGGAAACAUGCAGGAAAACAAGACUAUAACAGAGACCAGGAUGCAGCACUUUUCAAGGCCUGGGCUCUGUUUAAAGGAAAGUAUCGUGAGGGUAUCGAUAAACCCGACCCACCAACCUGGAAGACUCGUCUCAGGUGCGCCCUGAACAAAAGCUGUGACUUCGAAGAGGUCGUGGGUCAGAGUCAGCUGGACAUAUCCGAACCAUUUAAAGUCUACCGGGUUAUUCCAGAAGGAACCAAAAGAGGACCAAAAUCGUAUGGGAACGUUUCUGCACCCUCAGGUCAUCCUAACUACUCAUCAUACCCCUCAUAUGAACCUGUGCAGGGUCAGGUUUGUAACUUCAUGUCUGUCACCGAUCGGACCUGGAGAGACUUCAUGUCUGAACCGAAUUCACUUUCAGAGUAUCACGGUUCAUUCAGUCAAAGCUCACGCUGGGAUGCUGGGUAUCAAAUCAAUGGAUCGUUCUACAGCAAUGAUUCAUUUGAUUCACCACCUAUGUUCACCGUGGACACCAGCAUGAGAUCAAUGGAGACCAUGACAAUGUCAGAUCCUCGUCUGCAGGUGAGCGUGUUCAGCGGUGAUGCUCUUGUUGCUGAUGUGACGGUCACGAGCGUCGACGGCUGUCUGCUGGUUCCUUACGAUGACAGCUGGACCUACAUCAGUCCGAGCGGUCCGGAGCCCGUUCCUCUUCCACAGUCUGAGCAAGGAGAGCUGGAGGGUGGCGUUUUACUCUGGAUGUCACCCGAUGGCCUGUACGCCCGACGCUUCUGUGAAAGCAGAAUCUACUGCAACGGCACUCACACAAACUUCACCACUAAACUCUACAAACUGGAGAGAGAUCAAACCAGUAAACUACUGGACACGCAGCUGUUUCUAACAGAGCUUCAGGGUUGUUUCUUGCAAGCUCGUCCUCCUCCACGGUUUCACGUGCAGCUGUAUUUUGAGUCCUGUGACCCCACUGCAGACACGAGACCCCUGACAGUACAGGUGGAGCCACUUUUUGCUCGUCAGUUGCUGUUGCUCAGCCAGCAGGGGUCGGUAAAUUACAUCAGAAACGCCAAUGACCUUUCACCUGUGACCCCAGAUCAGAUAUUUCCAAUCAGACAAGAUUAUCCUGCAGCCGUCGGACCGCAGACCCACGACAGUUUCUUACAGGAGUGAUGUUGGAUAAGAUUUUGUGAAGAGAUUAAUGUAAAUGUAUCUAUCAAACUGGCAAUGAAAUGUGCGGUAUUAAAGAUGUUCUGACUUGAAUUCAACCUAAACUCUGUUAAAAGCAUUAAUGAUUUAAAUAACUGGAAAACAAGAAAACUAAACUUUCUACUCUCAGUUUGUAAAAGCAAAUUAUAAAAAAUAGGGCUGCAAGACUAUAAAUCGCAACUAAUCGUUUGCAGAAAAGUUUUUGUUUACAUCAUAUGUGUGUAUUGUUUAUAAUAAAUUUGUAUAAAUACACACAAAUGCAUGCAUUUAAAAUAUUUACAUAUGUAUUUAAUUUUUUAUAUUGUUAUACAAUUAAUAUUAUAUAUAAAUAUAAUUUAAUAUAUACAUCUCUUUUUUUUCCCUUAAGAUUAUGUAUGUAUGUGUGUGUAUUUAUAUAUACACAAAUGUAUUAUACACAAUACACACACGAUGUAAACAAAAACUUUUAUUUAUUCUUAAACUUUUAUUAGUUGCGAUUAAUUGUUAUGCAGCCCUAAUUAACUAUUUCUCCGCCAUUGACGAGUUACCUCGUCAAUUAAGAGAACACAUUUCCCUGCCAAUGACGCUUUCCUGACGAGUUUUUACGGUGAUCUGUAAUUCCGCUAUUAUCUACUAGAUGGCGCUCUUACCCAAUUUAUAAAAAACUGAAUUCAACAUUUUAAACUGUGUGUUUUGAUAAUCGUUCUGAAUCUUCAAAAAUGCAAUUAUUUAACUUUUUGCUCAAAAUUUGGUAUUUUUUUUAAACCUACUCAAAUUUGAGAAGUGAUAAAAGAGAACAAAUGAAAUAGAUAGAAUGAAACUUUUUUUAAUCCAUUUGUUUGUUUGUUUGUUUGUUUGUAAGCAGAGGGUCUUGUUUCAUUUGAUGUAUUUGUAUUUUAUAUAUAUUUAAAGAAGAACAUUUUCCUGGAUGGCAUUUUGUGAAACUUGUGAAAAUCACAAAAAAUGCUGGCGGGCUUUUUUUUGUCUUGUUGGUAAUGAGGCAAGUGGGUAAUGUCUCUGGAAAGACAUUUCAGGGUACAGCUUGUAUAUUAAUGCUUAUAAUAAUUUUUGCAGCUCAACCAUUUAUUUUCGUGUACGUUCCAGAAGAUUGCUAUAUUUGUAUGCUUUGUACUUUCCUUUUCCUCAUUGCUUUAUGUUUAAAAACU